UGCCUCAACCAGCACCAACAUCCCAAUGAAAAUAUAUUGUUCAUGUAGAGUUUAGUAUGCAGAUUAGAAAAGGCAACCCAGGCCUAUGCUGCCUUAGCGGUUGGUUUUGUGUGCCUGGCUGUCGGUUUACCACUCUGGUGGAAGACUACCAUGGUUUAUAGAGUCAGUCUUCCAUACAGUGAAAUAUCUGAUCUGUCACACAGAUUUGUGGUCUACUCUGUCCAUAUUCAUGUCAUCUCUCUUGAUGACUCCAUAGAGAAAGGGCAUUUGACUGCUUUGGGAGAGAGUCUUGGACAUGCCCUCAACAGAUUAGGCACAGGAGGCAGUGGCCUGGAGGCCAAAUACCACAGCUCAGCAAGGCCAGCUCAUGAUGAUGAAAAACAAGAUUAUGUCCAUGCCAGAACUGUGGCAGAUUUUGAUGACAAGUUAGCUUACUCCAAUGUGCUCGGAGAGCAUGGGAAAUUCUACAUGUAUAUAUUGCCCAAAAAGAGUCAUUUGGAUGUUGGCAAGGGUUUUGUGGGAAGAAGAAGGAAUUCUUACUUCAAGACUGAAGAUUUUUCUUCCCUGACCGUAAAAAUUACAAAAUUGAUAAAAGAGGUGUUUGUUAGGGAAGAAACAAUCGCAAGAGCUUAUAAAAGUGAGAAGGGGGUGCUCCACCUGAAGACAGAUAAAGACAGCAUGAGAGCAACAAAAUCAAAUCCUAAUUAUGAUGUCACAUUCACAAUGCUGAACCCUCAACCUGAUAUUAUGGAUGUCAGGUGGGCAGUACAGCAAGAAAUUGACACUUACAUGGGGCCAUUUAUCAAGACGUUGUCUGACUUCAUUGGUAUCACAAUCAAGUCUCAGAUUCUGCACUAUACGCAAGUGACAUUCCGACCUCACCGUGAUGAUGGAAAAGGAGAAUAUUACCUAAAGCAAGAUGAUAUUCCUGGAUUGAUCAACCCGAUUGAGAGAGAAAUCACUUCCUUUGUGUCAAACAAUCCAAACAUCAACUUUGUGAUCUACAUCCCAACUCGGAGUAAGUCUCCUCUGUACUUCCGUGAUCAGAAGGGCAAGAACCUCCCAACCAAUGCUAUCCUCAGUCCUCGAUGGGGAGGUCUCAUUAUCAAGAAUAUACCCAGUCCGUCCAACACCACCAAACUGCCUGCCCUCGUCAACUUGGACAUGAAGGAGAUCCUUGACAUUUGUAUUUCACAGUUGCGACUACUGCUUGGCAUUGAAACCAGUUAUCCAAACUUGGAUGUGACAUUCCAAGAACCUGACAAUACUGGUAUUGCUCUUUGGGAGCUUGAUUUCUGGUUGAGGAAGCGAGCAAUAGAGAACACUGCCCUGGCCACCAGCACCCUUAGCUCACUAUCAGACCUGCUCGGACAGAUCAGUAAUAUUGUCAUCAAUGAUGAUAUCGGAGAAGAGGUUGCAACAGCAGUGCACUCCAUUGAAAACAGCUUGGAGUUUUUGAAGGAGAAUAAACUGCGUGAUGGUUUCCUGACCUCAAGACAAGCUACCCUUGCAUCUGAGAAAGCAUUCUUUGAUGAGUCUUUACUGGAAUUGCUCUACUUUCCAGAUGAUCAGAAGUUUGCUAUCUACAUUCCACUUUUCCUGCCGAUCAGUCUCCCGGUGAUCAUGACUAUGCUGCAAGCCAUCAAAUGGAUGAGGGGAGAGAAGAAGAACAAGACUGAAUAGACAGGAAAUCUGUAGCUGGUUUCUAAGGCAUCUUGGGACUUGUAAACCCUUUUAUCAGUCUGUCAUGAGUAUUCCAAAAUGCAUCAAUAUAAAUACAGUGAAGCCUCGGCAGGACAUGUGUUUGGGUUUGUUUUGGUACCAAAUGGGUUGUUUCUAUAGAAUUUGACCUCUGUAUUAAGUCUUGACUUCUCCCUUUUGAAUGACAAAAUUUGUCAGUUUGUUGUGUAAAUGGAGAGGCUCUGCUGUACAUAUCUGUUGAACUUCCCCUUGCUUUUAGAGACUGCUUCCUUAGUGCCAUUAUUGUUCAGUUGGCUCUAUCAGCUAGCUAAAAAUUGUAUUUUGGGAUCUUGCUUAUCAGAUUUGGCCUUGGACACACAGCCAUUCAGCAUUGUAUUGUAUUGAGAAACAUUUCGAUCUUCGCUGUUUUUUGUUCGGAAAAAGACUUCAUGCAGUACUGAAAGUAGAGAAUCUUUUUUCUUGGCAACCAUGUAGAAAAUGUUAUGUUGUUAUCCUAGGGAUAUUGAUAGAAAUAGUGCAAGCAUUUAGGCACUUCGGUAUGUAUUGUAC